AUGCCACCAAAACCAUCAGCAGUAAUAGACGAAGCACUUGUUGAACGCUUCACAAAGAUUGGAUUGGAUGCCACAAAGGCAAAGGAAGCUGCCUCAAAUAAUACAAUGUCAUCAACUUUGUUGGACAUUAUCACUGAGGCUGGUGUACCAGUCGAUGGAUGUGAGAAGCCCGUUGGACAAUUGCUCUACCUCAUCUCGACAAAGUACCCAGCAAACGCACUCAAGCAUCGUGCCGUGCUGGCCCAGUGCGUCGCCAAGAAGACUGUGACAGCCAUCAACAUCCAGGCCUCAUUCGACUACUUGCAUCGCGUCGGCUCGCAGGAUCUCGACGUGGCCGACUUUGAGAAGCAGUGCGGUGUUGGCGUCGUCAUCACCAAGGAGCAGGUCAGAGAGGCCGUCGCCACAUUCAUCGAGGAGCGUCUCGCCGAGUUGAAGGAGGUGCGCUAUCGUUACAACAUGGCCAGUUACUUGGCAACCGUGCGUGAGCGCUUAAAGUGGGCCGAGUCCAGAGACAUCAAGGAGGAGAUGGACAAGAAGGUGCUCGAGGUGCUCGGUCCAAAGACUGAGGCUGACAACGCACCCGUCCCCAAGACCAAGCCAGCACCAGUCGCCGCUGCUGCUGCACCAGUUGCCAAUGAGGCACCAAAGGAGAAGUCUCUUGCCGAGCUUGCCGGUAUUUCAAUCCACAGAGAGUCGAUUACCUUCCCCGAUCCAAAGGACAACAUCCAGGAGACCCCAGAUCUCUUGGCCAAGCAUCUCAAGGAGACUGGCGGCAUGGUCGUCACUCGUUUCCCACCUGAGCCAAACGGAUACCUUCACAUUGGACAUGCCAAGGCUAUGCAUCUCAGCUUCUCGUAUGCCAAGAAGAACGGUGGAAAGUGCUAUCUUCGUUUCGAUGACACCAACCCAGAGAAGGAGAGCCAGGAAUACAUCGACUCUAUCAUUGAGAAUGUAGGCUGGUUGGGACACAAGCCAUGCGAUACAACAUACUCAUCACAUUACUUUGACCAAUUGUACGACCUUGCUAUCGAGUUGAUCAAGCGUGGAUACGCGUACGUCUGCCAUCAGACACCAAAGGAGUUGUCAGAGUGUCGUCAGAACAUGACUGACUCACCCUAUCGCAAUCGCUCGGUCGAGGAGAACCUCGCCCUGUUCGAGGACAUGAAGAAGGGCAAGUACGAGGAGGGCAAGGCCACCCUUAGAAUGAAGGGUGACAUGAAGCACCCAAACCCAUGCAUGCGUGAUCUCAUUGCCUACAGAAUCAAGUACCAUCCACAUCCAGUCAGUGGAGACAAGUGGGUCAUCUAUCCUUCGUACGACUACACUCAUUGUCUGGUCGAUUCGAUCGAGAACAUCACUCACUCGCUGUGCACUUUGGAGUUUGAGGUCCGCAGACUGUCCUACAACUGGCUGGUGGACGUCCUCGGCCUCUAUCGUCCAGUCGUCUGGGAGUACGCCCGUCUCAACCUCACACAUACCGUCCUCUCCAAGAGAAAGAUCAUCACUCUCGUCAAGGAUAAGCAUGUCAAUGGAUGGGAUGACCCUAGAUUGAGCACAUUGAACGCCUUUAGGAGAAAGGGUUACACUCCAGAGUCCAUCAACUUGCUGUGUGAGACUAUUGGAGUUACUCGUGCCAACAACACCACUAUCCCAUACGAGCUGUUGGAGUUCUGUUUGCGCCAGGACCUCAACGACAAGGUCACCCGUGCGAUGGUUGUGCUCGACCCAAUCAAGGUGGUCAUCACCAACUUCCCCGAGGGACAGACCGAGGAGAUCACCGUCAACAACAUCCCCCACAUCCCAACCGCUGGCUCGCACAAGGUGCAGCUGUCAAACGUCGUGUACAUUGAGCGCACCGACUUCCGUCUCCAGGACGAUCCAAACUACUUUGGUCUGGCCCCCAACAAGGAGGUCUUGUUGAGAUACGCCUACAACAUCAAGUGUAACGAGGUCAUCCAGGACAACACCGGCAAGGUCACCGAGCUGCGUGUCACCUACGACAAGACCAACGCCACCAAGACCAAGGCUAUCCACUGGGUCUCAUCCAAGUCUGGACAGAAGCCAACCGCGAUUGAGGUCCGUCUCUACGGCCAUCUCUUCCUUGAGGAGAACCUGGGCGACGACUGGAUCACAAAGGUCAACCCCAACUCGCUGGAGAUCAUCCCCAACGCCUUGGCCGACGACACCAUCCUCGGCGCCAAGGAGUACGACCGCUUCCAGUUCGAGAGGACUGGUUUCUUCUGCGUCGACAAGGACUCCACCGCUGAGAAGUUGGUCUUCAACCGUACCUGCGCACUCAAGGAGAACAAGGCCGACCCCAAGAAGGCCGCCGACCCAAGAAGAUCCAGGAAAUAA